AAAUAUCAACACCGUCAGCCUCUCCACAAUAGACCGGGUUCUACAGAGAAAUGCAAUCAGCAUGAAACAGGCUUACAGGGUCCCAUUUGAGCGGAACACAGACCGCACAAAGGAGUUGCGACGACAGUUUGUACUGAGGAUCCAAGAGCUUGAUACAGCCAAUGAAAUAUAUGAGUACAUUUACAUGGACGAGGCUGGCUUCAACCUAGUGAAGAGGAGGCGCAGGGCCCGAAAUAUCAUUGGCCAGCGGGCCAUUGUUGAGGUCCCCGGCCAGCGUGGUGGGAACAUCACAAUGUGUGCAGCCAUGAACCACCAUGGCAUCGUACACCGCCACGCCCACCUAGGGGCCUAUAACACUGACCUCCUCCUUGCCUUCCUGGAUGGCCUGCACAACCUUCUGGUACCACCUGACCACGUAUAUGACCAACAGAGGGUACAUUUUGUCGUCAUCUGGGACAAUGUAAGCUUCCACCGGGCUGCUCGAGUGCAGGAAUGGUUCCAGGACCACCAAAAUGUUUCCGUUCUAUACCUUCCACCUUAUUCUCCUUUCCUGAACCCCAUCGAGGAGUUCUUUUCAGCUUGGAGGUGGAAGGUAUACGAACGGAACACACAGACCAGGGUCACACUGCUCCAGGCCAUGGAGGAGGCUUGUGCCGAUGUAAGUCCUGAGUCCUGUCAGGGCUUUAUGCGCCACUCAAGGCGUUUUUUCCAACGCUGCCUGGACAGGGAGGACAUUGCUGUGGAUGUGGAUGAGGCCCUCUGGCCAGAUAGAAACCAGAGGCAUGAUGGAGGGGGGGUUUGAGCAGGCCAGUUCACAGUACAUUUACGUCCAAAAAUGUAUAAAAGAAAAAUAAAUAAAACAUU